CACUACGGUGAUUUCCAUGAGACACCCUGCUCUGCCCUUCCCCUCCAGCUCGCUGCUCCUCUCCCUCACUCGUCGCUGCCCCUCGCUGCUUUCCUUCACGCACAUCGGUCAAAACGGCCAAAAGCAGCUCCCAGAUCGGCUCUGUGCAGAGGCACCAGCCCGAGUGCCCGCAGAGUGUGAGCGCAGAGCGGCACCAACCCGAGUGCCCGCGGGGUGUGAGCGCAGAGCGGCACCAGCCCGAGUGCCCGCGGAGUCCGGCCGGAAUGGGAGGGGCGGCGGGCGGAGCGCAGGUUUAAUUCCUCAGCGGUGCCGGCACCCGGAGCCCGGCGAGGCGGCGGCGGAACUCGGAGGCGGCUCCAGACCAGGGUGCCAUCAGCGCGGCUGCAAAGCUGUUCCCAAGGCCGAGCUCCCUAAGGAUCUGCCAGCAUUCAUGAUGAAGCUCCUGCAUCUCCAGGAGGGACCAGCAGCCGCGGUUCCACACUUGCCUGGGGCCCAAGAAGCCUCUUGGCAUAAGCAGGGGGAUGCCACUUGUGAGCGUGCAGCGAGUGCAGAUGUGGAGAAUGGAUUCUGCACCAGGGAUGGGAGCGUGAGGGAGCCCCUGGCUCCCCAGGGCACAGCAACAACGGGCAAUGAACACAAAAGGAACCUUGCAGGAUUCCUGGGUGAACGGUUCAGGUGCCAUCCCGUGGGCACGGCGGUGCUGAUUCUGCUGCUCCUGGUGCUGGUGCUGGCUUUGGGGGCGGCCUUGGCUGUGCUGGCAGCACCACAGGUUCCAGUCACACCUGCGACUCCGCUGUCAGUUCUGGGCUGUCCCCAUGGCUGGGUUGGGUACAAUGGGGUCUGCUACGGCUUCUCACGGGAGUACAGCACGUGGGAGCAGGGUCAGGAACGGUGCUCCGAGCUCAAUGCCACCCUGGCCAUUGUCAAGGAUGAGGAGGCCAUGGAUUUGCUCUCCCGCCUCUGUGGGAACGUCGAUUACUGGCUCGGGCUGCGCAGACGGGGCGAGCGCCUGCAGUGGGGGGACGGCAGCAGCUACAGCUCCCGGGUUCCUGUCCUCGGCAAUUCCGAGUGUGUGUACCUGGCUGAGAGGAGAUUGAGGAGUGACAACUGCUCCAGUGAGCGGCCGUAUCUCUGCAGCAAGGCCCAAGCUCCCCUGUAACAGGGGCUGCACAAAGGACCUUCUCCACGCUGGGCAGUGCCAGCUUCACCUCUGAGCCCAGCACAGCGCUGUCCUUCCUCAGCUGCGCCCUGUGCCUUGCACUUCCUCUCAGGGUCACCUCAGUGCCUCUCCAUCCCCAGUGCCAGCGCUGGGCUGGGGCUGCAAAGGAAAAGUCUCUGCAAUCCAUCCUGGCACCGAUGCUGCCUGCAGUGAGUGCAUUGCCCUCAUUAUGUGUGGGAAAUACAGCUCACUAUUUACACUUUGUAUAAAAGUUUAUUAUGGGUUUAAGUCCUGCCCUUAAGUCCUGUUUUUAUGCUUGCACAGGGUUAACUCAACCUACGCUUUCUAUAUGCUGUUACAUAUUAGAGCUACAUGUACAUUUAUAAGAGUGCAUGUAGCUCUAAUAUUUAAGAUUUAUAAUAUGAAAUAUAUUAUUAAAUUAUAUAUAUGUAAUAUAUGUAAUAUAUGUAAUAUAUGUAAAUUUUUAACAGCUUUUAAGAGUUGCACCAUAAUUUUGAAUUUUCUUGCUGAUUUAGGUUUUUUUAACUGUUUCAGGCCAUCUUGUACCUUAAGCUGUUAUAUUUCAUGGUUUCUUGUGAUUCUAUCUUUUUGUAUUUUCACUCCCUGAUAAUGAGGAUCAAUAAAGCCUUU